AUGGAGGUUAUGAUGCGUCAACUUCAACUGACCAUCGAGGCCAUGCAACGGGACUUUGCUCGCCAAGCAGAAGUUACCACUCGCCAAACAGAGGUCACAGACCAGCAAGUUGAGUUAAUUGCCAAUCUUCAACAGCAGCAGCAACCACAACAAGCAGUAGCUUCUGCUUCGCACCCACCCCCGCCUAUGGUUCCAAUACCCGGGGAUACAGCUAAUGCCCAGGAGAAUAUGGACACUCCAGCAGGGCCAGAUCUGGGAGAUGUACAGAUCGGCUGGUUUGAUAUGAAUGGAUCAACGGAUAAUACAGGCUGGCUUAGUGAUGAGCUAGAUGUUGAUGAGGGGUCUCAACCGAAGCAGGAACAAUUAGGAAUAGGAACGUCUACAACGGUCGGAACGGUCGAGAACAAGGGGAAGUUGCCGGAGAGCACCGGUACUAAGAAUUCUGCUCAAGAAUUGGGUAGCUUGUGUAUAGCUGAUACAGAAUUGGAGGCUGCGCUAAAGUGGUUCGACCAGAAAAGAACUGAGAUUGAUCAGAAGGCUAGAAAAGCCCAAGGCCCCGCUGGGAUUGAUUGUGUUGUCAACACAGGAAUAAUUAUGACAGAACCGGACAAUUAUAGAAGUAUAAACAUAGACGCAUCUCUUCUCAAACACGAACUCAACAUACCUCCACAAUUCAUAUGGCCCGACCAUGAAAAACCCAGCCUCCAUGAGCCACCAUCACUCUUCGUUCCACCUAUUGACUUGGGAGCCUUCAUCUCCGGUGACCCCCUAUCCGUCUCAACAGCUAUUCAACUUGUCGAUGAGGCUUGCAAGAAACAUGGCUUCUUCUUAGUCAUAAACCAUGGAGUUAGCAAAGAGCUUAUCAGUGAAGCUCAGAAGAACAUGGACUUGUUUUUUGAUAUGCCAUUGAAAGAGAAACAGAGAGCUCAAAGAAAAGUUGGGGAAUAUCAUGGGUAUGCUAGUAGCUUUACUGGUAGGUACUCUUCCAGGCUUCCAUGGAAAGAAACUCUUUCUUUUAGAUAUUGCGAUGACGGUGGAUCAUCAAACGUGGUUGGAGAGUACUUGGUUGGCACAAUGGGUGAAGAUUUUAGACAAUUUGGAAGGAUAUACCAAGAUUAUUGUGAAGCAAUGAACACUCUGUCACUUAGGAUCAUGGAACUAUUGGGGAUGAGCCUAGGAGUGGGCCCAACCUAUUUAAGAGAAUUCUUUGAAGGAAAUGAGUCAAUAAUGAGACUAAACAACUACCCCCCUUGUCUUAGAGCUCAUGAUACUCUUGGAACUGGUCCCCAUCGUGAUCCAAACUCGCUCACUAUCCUUCAUCAAGACAAUGUUGGUGGGCUUCAAGUGUUUGUUGAUCAACAAUGGCACUCCAUUCUUCCCAAUUCACAAGCUUUUGUUGUCAACGUUGGAGACACAUUCAUGGCUCUAUCAAAUGGAAUUUACAAGAGUUGCUUGCAUAGAGCAGUGGUAAACAAACAAGUUCCAAGGAAGUCUCUGACCUUCUUUUUGUCUCCAAACAUGGACAAAGUGGUGAGUCCACCUAAUGGAUUGGUCAAUAGUCAUAAUCCAAGGAUAUAUCCAGACUUCACUUGGCCAACUCUUCUUGAAUUCACUCAGAAGCAUUACAGAGUUGACAUAGAUACCAUUGAUGUCUUCUCAAAUUGGCUUCAAUGCAAAACCAACUGA